CACCCCCUUAACUCUAAACCCUAAGGUUUGGAUUAAUUAACCCAAGGGGUAUAAGUGUAUAUUUACCUCUUUAAUGAAACCUAUUUUUGUGACUUUGAGCCUUGAGUGCUACUUUGGGAACAAAAACUUAGUUUGGUGCUAUCCUAGUCUUUUUCCCAAUAUAAAAUCAUCUCCCACCUUUUAUUAUACAACAAUUUGUCAUUAUUUCAGCUUCGUUCGAAUUCUCUUCGGGUUCCUAGUCGGAAAAGAAGCUUUUUGUUCCUUUUCUCUCCUUUUUCUAAGCUUCUUUUUUGGCUAAAAUUUUAUGUUUCUUUUUCUCAUUUUUUGUAUGCCCUUACCUUUUUUGAAAUUUCAAUAAACUUUAAAUUAAUAAGCUAUGACUAAAAUCUUGGCAUUGGUUUCUUCAGUGUAGACAAUGAUUAGUCUUUUGGUUUUAUCACACGAGGACCGUUUUCACAUCCUAUUGCAUCGGUUCUACUCUAUGUACAUCUUAGACGAGUAGUGUCUGUGUGCAACAUUUUCAUAGAGUAUAUACAACAACUUAGAAAAAAAAUUGUAAAUUCUUUUGCUUCUGGUAAAAAAAUCAUUGACAGGCACAAGAAACCACCUUGCCUUUUUCAAGAAUAAAUAAAUUGAUAAGAAAGAAUUCAAUCAUCCCGCUCCAGAGAAGGAAAAUCUAUACAAAUAAAACUUACAUCAUCACAAACAUGUCUAACUAUAGAUAGAACUUAGAAGUUUGUAAACGCACUACUUGAUAUGUAUACUCUGUACUAAGCAAACUGAAAUAGUGAUGCAGUCCGAGCUUACAAAUAGCGAAAAAGGGAAAAGAUAUCACUUCAAAUCAAUUCUGAAAACUGAGGAUUCAGGUGUAUUCCAAACAAUCUAUUACAUGAAAAACAAGACAUCAAAGCAGGUUUUUAGAGACUCCCAUGAUAACGAUUGAUUACAAGAGGACAAAAAAUUUCAAUAACAACUAUGAUAUUGAUUCAAGUUAUAUAAAGACAACUCACAUAUUGCCCUGGGGGAAUAAGGCAUGGUAUAAGAAGUCAGAGAUUCAUAUGCAUUACAAGCAAAAGGGUUCAAAGUGAAACGUUCAAAACCGAUUGAAUCCCUUUUCGGUUUUCUAUGUUUGACUUUUCUAAAUAUACACGAUUUAUCUUUAUUUUUACGUUCCCAAAGUGCAUGUAUAUGUGAAGCUGUAACGAUAAAACAGUGAGAGACUUUGGUUUCUUUGUGUGUUUUGAAGUACAUGUGUAGGUGAUGUGUAAUUGUGAAAUGUUUUGAUUGGAUUGAUAAGUUUUUUCAUUAAUUGAUGUGGCAUCUACACAAAGCUUUAAAAAGAUGAAGUGCCAACUCUGCACUUGUAUUAUUAUUGUGUUGAUUUCACUUAAGUUUUUGUAUCGAUUUAGAAUCUGACUGGUUUCUUUGUUACCACACAUAAAUACAGUUUUUCAGAUUGGUAACAAUUAUUUGUGUUUUGCAACAAUCACUAAAACAUACAAAUAGCUUUUAACCUCUUCAAACCUCUUAAAAUCAAAAGUUGUUUUCACUAGCGUUUGCGGUUUCGAUUGCGGAUGGAUAAAUAAUUACAAAAUUAUUUUUUUAAAAAAUAUUUUGUUUUUUAUUUAAAUUUUAAAAUUAAAAUAUGAUAAAUAAAAAUAUAUUUUUCAUCAAAAACUUAAAAUUUAAUUUAAAUUCACUAACAAUAUUAUAAUUUAUUUUAUAAACAUUUAAACCAACAUUAUUCGCUAUAAUGUUAAACAUUAAUAUAUAUACAUAUAGAAAAAGAUACAUACAUAAACGAAACAAAAUAUUCUUUAAAAAAAAUUCUAAUAUAAAUCUUCAAAACAAAUCUUAUUGACAUUAUAACUUUCAUUUAAACUACAAAAUAAAUAAAUAAAUAAAUAAAUGACGUAGUAUUUUUAUUAAUUAUAUUUUAUUAAUAAUCAUAAUAUUUUAUCAUAAUAAUAUGUUUUGAUAUUUUUAUAAUGUUAUAAUGUAUUAAUAUUAGUAAUUUAUUAUUAAACCGUUGUGAUAUCUCAUAAUCAACCAGUCACAAAUAUUUUACAAAUACCUCAAUUUCUAACCGAUAUACCAAUCGUACAAAUCGCUUAUUAACGCUAGAAACUGUAACCAACCACAUCUGAAAGCUCCCGCAACCAUUGUGUUUCAACCAAUCAGGCCCUAACUAUAGUUCGGUUUAUUAUUGUUUAGAGAUGUGUUCUUAAACAGAAAUCCAUCCAAAUAUUCUAUCAAACCGAGGUUAUACGUAUUUCUAGAUUAAUUUUGAUGAUCAACCUUUGUAAGUGGUGACCAAACUCUUAUCCUUGGUUAAUAAUAUGGUUUAAUUUCAGUGAAGAUAUCUCCAAUGGUUUACAUCAUUUUUUCCUUCAAAAUGAUGUAAAUUCAAACUCAAAAUAGUUUAAGUUUUGCUUCAAUGGUUCCAUUUAUUUUUCCUCUCAAAAAAGAUUAUUAUAAUUAUAUUAUUUUAUGAAUACUUAUUAUUGAGUUCUAGUAAUUGUUUUAUUUUUAAAUCUUAAGAAAAUUAUCCCACAACAAUUUGUUUUAACUAAAUCUUUAUUAUAUACAUGUUAGUUUCAAAUAGAAUAUACUAUGAUUUAUAUGAAUUAAUAAUUUUAUCAAAGUAGAAAACACAUAUAUUUUUUAAAAAAAUAGACAUAAACAAACUAUGCAAAAGUGUAAGGAUCAAUUUGUAAAUAAUAAAAUACCAAAUAAAAUGAGGUUAUGAAUACAAAUUUGAUGUGUUAUUAUUCAUAUCCUCAUUUUUCUCUUUAAAAUGAUGUACUAUUGAAGAGAGCGCAAAAUGAUGUACCUUUGGAGAGAGUUUUUCAAAAGAUAUUAUGUUCUCCCACAAAAUGAUGUACCAUUGGAGAUGAUCUAACUUAUGUUAUAGCAUUUCCAAUUAUAUUUUAUUUUUACUUUUAAAUAAUAUUUAUAAAGUAAAAAAUCUUCAAUUGUACACAAAAUCUUACACCAACUAUAGAGGGUUGAACAAUAUUACUAUUGAUGUCACCUGGACUCAAAGCCAGACCCGCGGAUUUUAGCCCUUAAGCAAAAGAACAAUUUUGGUCCUUAUAUAACUUUAUGAUAUAAAAAGUAAAUAAUCCCUAUGGAGGGAUGGAACUUACAACUUAUAUAUACAUAAGUGAAAACAACUAAACUAAAGAAGAAGAAACUAGAUUAAACACACAAAAUCUAAACCUAAAACCUCCACAAUCAUAGAAAAAAAAAUACCAUAGUAACACUAACUCAAUAAAAGCCUGCAGCUGAAAAGAGAUCAACAAAGAAGACUAACUCACCUCAUCUUAUCAAAGAAUGUCUUAGGUAAAACAAGCAGAGGUCAGAAAAUGGUAAAAAGUAAAAUCAGAGACAAAGCAAUCUCCGGACACAAAGGAGUGUGAUCAAUCACCAGCGCAAAAAGCAAAAAAAAAAAGUGGACCAGAGGAAGAAUAAUCACCAGAAAACCAAAGUCACCACGAAGUAGGAAGAUACAUGCCUACAUCAUUAGAAGAAUAGCCACCAGCUAAGAGGUAAUAAUCACCUCACAAACUAAACAAGCACAUACAAGGUGCCCAUACCAGCAAAGAACGACAAACUCUUAAUAGAAAGGACCAAGACUCUAAAAGAUUAACUACGCACACCUAUACCAAGGGAAGCGGGAGAAGAAUAGAAAUAACCUAAGGGAGGAAGAAUGGAAGCCAACCACCGAGAAACCAAAGCUCAAGUUUGAGACCAGAAACAACCUUCCAAAACACAUAGUUAGGAAAACACUAUCUGAACCUGGAGUGGCAAACAUGGCGGAAGGGAGAGCCACUAGAGACGCGAGCAGCGAUGAAAUAUGGAACGAGAUGAGAGAACAAAGAGAGUCAAGAAGACGAAACGAGAUCAGCAAACUGUGGAGCCAUCCUCGAGUUAUGAAAAAAAAAGCAUAUAAGUCAGAUCACUAAAGAUCAGAUCUUCAAAACCAUGAAGAGAAGGGACUAUCGACGGUAAGCCAAUGACGAAGAAGACAACAUCAAGGACAACUACAACUAAACUCUGACCCAACCUAAUGACUGGAAAAAUCUACAACGUCGUGGGAGGGAAACAACCGCACAGCUGUAAACUCAUAAACCUAAUCUACAAAAAAUACUAGAUAAUCUCACAAGUGAAGAAGGAGAGAGAAAAACAAGAACACAGAGGUGGGUUUUUUUCCGACUGAUUGUGAGGAACACCGCACACCGAAAAGGUAUAAAUGUUGACGGCUCAAGGUAAAAAUAUGGGAAAAGGGCAAAAAAAUCUCAAAAGAAUAAUGUGAAACAUCAGAAGUUCAUUUCACCAUUAACAAGUACUGCUAUACAUACAACAACACAUUAUUGAAAAAAAAACACAUAAUAUAUUAAAAUAUUACCUACUACUACAUAACACAACAAAACACUAAAUAAUGAUUUUGACAAAUAAAGACUGGCCACAUAAUUACAUCAUCAAAAAAAUCAGACUUAACAACAAUGAAACAAUAUUCCGCGCGAAGCGUGGACACGCCCCUAGCUAUACAUAAAAGUGUAUUAUACUUGUAUUCUGACAACUUCUAAUAAUGUUUUUUACAAUGGUAUCACAUGUUUUUGUUUUAUAUUACUCCACUUUGUAUGUUUAGUCUAAGUGUGAUAGUUCCUUUAUUGACAAGUCUUUCUUACAAUCAGAUGUGAAAAAACUUGUGUUUAGUUGAUCAAUUCUUUAAUUUAAAAGUUCAAAUAAACUACACAAUAGAAUAUAUUAAUAUAUAAUAGAAAUUUGUUUUUAUAGGGACAUUGUUUGUUUAUGGAGUGAAAGCACUUUCCGGCCGAGAAGUAGCUUUCUUUCUAUAUAGGUUUUUCUCUUACGACUAACCUAUAUUAGUUCCUGCUGCUACUGUAUGUUGUGCACCGAGUGCUGACUGUUAUAGUAUGGUUAUAGCGUUGAUGGAUUGUUUGUUAUCUCCUUUCUGCUGUGAUAAUUGACAUGGGUCUUCGUGUUGAGUUAGACCUUUUCUAUCUCUAUAUAGAUUCACUUCAAAUUCUUUGUAUUAUAACUGUCUCUAGCAUUGUUUACACUAGAUAACAUGAUACACAAACACAUCUAAAUAAAGUGGUUUUUUGAGUUCAGUUUCACACUCAUUCUCUAGAUUUUUUGAGGUGGUCAAACAAUCAAGCCUCAGGGUUUGACUGGUUUUCCUGUUACUAUGGCAAACGUUAUGUUUGUCGAUGAUAGCGUUUUUUUUUCAUUUUACAACAAUCACACAAAACGAAGUAAACCGCUUUGCACCGUUCCAGACCUCUCAAAAUAAAAAGAUACUUCAAGUUAGCAUUUGCGGUUGCAGAAAAGUAAAAAGAUAAUUUUUCAUAAAAAAUUGUGUAAAUAUUUAACUAAAUUUAAAUUAAUAUAAUAUAAAUAAUAUAUUAUAUAUAUUAUAUUUUAAAUUAUAUAUUCUAAUAAUAUGAUUUUUAGUAUUUAUAUAAUUAUAUAUAGCGUUAAUUUUUAAUUUACUAUUAAAUAAAUGCUUCAUUUGGUAGUCAACUAGUCAUAAUUAUCCCGCAAUCACCAAUUUUUAACCGAUAUACCAGUCUUAGAAAUCACUUAGCAAUGCUUAAAAUUGCAAUCACCUGUAUCUGCCAACUCUCGCAACUGCAACCACUACUUUAACACCAUUUAGACCCUUGUUUAACCUCAAGUUUCUUACUCAUCGAUUUAUUUAUAACAGUAUAACAUUAUUCAAAUAUCCCUAGAGUUGGAGCACAAAAACUUUCUUAAAUUAGUUACACCUGACGCGAAGAAAAUGGAUAAGAGAAAGAUUAUAUCAUAAUUAGAAAAUUAAUUAUUUCGAGGGAACAAAUUAGAGAAGGGAAAUACUAAAAAAAAUAUAAAUUCAGGAUUUUAGAAAGAUAACUUGAGAUUUGGAUGAUAAUAAGAAAAUAUAAUGUUUUGUUUGAAGUCGACACUAAUAGUAUUAACACAAAAUAAACAAAAAAAUGAUAAGAAUUAUAUAUGAAUGUUCGGUCAACAAAAUUGAGAUAAGGCAUUUUACGGAACCAUUUUUGGCUCUGAAUGGUAACAAUUGAUUGAGCGGUGGGGAAUGAGCGGAUUAUAUAUUGAUGUAUGGUUUAAGUAUGGUUAGUAUGCGAAAAACACAUAGUGCAGGAUCAUCAUGGUUUGUCUAAAAUAAGCGGUUGAAAAUAAUGUGAAUGGUAAUAUGUAUAGUAACCAUUAAGGGGUACAUAUAAUAUAUCUAUGUUUUAAAAAUUAAAUACCGAUUAUAUAAAUAAAAUUUAAAGAAUUAUUUUAUCUAUUAUUAUAAUUAUAUAUUUUGAAAAGUCUGCAAAUCGUAUUUACAUGUUCUUUCAAUCAAUAUCUUAAGUUUUUGCUGAUGUAAAAUUUUUCCAAGUGGUGCUAUUAUCAUUUAUACAAAAGUAAAUAAAUUAUAAUAUUUACUAUAGUUUGAAAAUUAAAUUUAUCACUUAUUUGAUAAAUAAAAUAUAUUUUAGUAUAAUUAAUUUAAUUAACUAAAUAGCAUACAUUUAAACUUUAAUUUACCUAUAUUAUAUAGAUAAAUUAUUAUUAGAUGAAAGUUUUAUUUUCUUAAAUUUUAGGCUCGAAUGAUUGCAGUAUGGAACAUACAGAUUGGAUACUACAGUACGGUUUAACUCCGGUUUAUUUAAGAAAAAUUCAUAUUGCAGAACAAUUGUGGUUCAUCUAAAAUAAGCGGUUCAAAAAAUAUGAAUGGUGGCAUGUAUAAUAAAUAAUAUAACUGUGACAUACAUAUAAUAUAUAUAUAUUUUAUUUGUUAAUGAAAAAAUCAGUGAAAUAAAUGACUAUUAUAAACUAAUUAGUUUUUAAAUUUUCAGAAAUUAUAAACAAAACAACAAAAAAUAAAUUGAAUAGGAAGAAUUUAGUUAAUAAAAAUAAUUUAUAUUAAAGAAAAUGUUUUAUAGAAGUAUGAAUAAUUCAUUAAGCGCACAAGAUUUUGAGUGUAUUCAAAUAUGUACUGCAUCUUUUCCACUUUUUUGGACUGUACAUAUUACUAUUUAAUUUUUAUUUAUAUUUUUAACUGAAAACACAUUACACUUUAAUUUAGAAGUGAAUAGUUACAUAUCUUUACAUUUUGUACACGUAUACCACAAUAACAUUUACAACAUUAAUACUUAAAAAAUAUAUAAUUGUGCUUAGCCACACCGUAUUACCUUCAUUUCAACUCUAGGUGUGGUUCAAAGAAAAUUUGUUCCGCACUCCAAUUAUUCUUUUUAAUUUAUUUAUUUUAAAAUGAAAAUACAAACAUUAAAAGUUAUUGAAUGAUAACACAAAUUAUGGUCUGCCAUGUGUUUCACUCAUUCUGCAUGCCACAUUCAAGGCAUUUAUCUACCAAAAAACGCAUUAAUUCAAAUAUUUAAUGAGCAUUUUCUAUUUAUUUUUAAUAAUAAAUAUUUAAACUAAAUGCAUUUUACAUAGAUUCAACACAUAUUUUUUUUAGAAAAACUAGGGUCGGUGCCAAGGGCUGGGUACAAACUAGAUAUAUGCUUUAUGAGGUAGUUGUGAUUCAUUUUGCUUCGUUCGAAUCGCAGUUUUAUAAUUUGAUUUACGUUGACACUUGACACCAUAUAGAUAUUUGAUGUUCUGAUAUCCAAUAAAAUAUAUAUAUUUAACCGGAUAUUCAUUUCGAUUCACGAAAAUAAAUUUAAAAAUUAGAAAAAUAUGAAAGUUCAGAUAAACAAUAAUAUUUCAUUAUAAAAUAAGAUAAUCAUCUUUUAAAACUGUAAUAAUUGAAUAAUUAAUUUAUUGAAUAUACAUAUUAUAAAACUAAAAAGAUAAUUAAAAUAAUACAUGUCACCAAAAAGUUGUAAAAAAUAAUUAUACAAUAUUUUAACAAUCAUAUAGGUAAAUAAUAAUCAGAAAACUUAAAAAAGAAUAAUUAUACGAUAUAAUAUCAACUUGAAUAGGUAAGGCUUGUAAUUAAUAGUAUUACAAAGAACCAUCAUUAUUUUAUCUUUACAAUAUAUAUAUAUAUAUAAUUAUGUAUAUAAGUAUAUUUAACAAUUUAAAUAUGAAUAUAGAGAUAUACACCGGAUCAGAUCGGAUAUUCGUUUUAAAAAAUUUAGUAUUUUAAACUGAUUCAUUUUUAACGGGUAUUGCAUUUUAGUAUUUGUUUUGCUUGUACAGUUACGAAAGUAUAAUUUUUCUGAAUCGAAUCAAAACAAAUAAUGAAUCAAAUCAAAAUUUACAGAUAUUUUUAUCACCGAUACAUGCCCCACUCCAUCCAAUCCUACAUCGGUCACUGUGCGAUACAUGUAUUCCGCAGAUUUUGAUGCACUGUAAGAGGUUAAAUAACAACGUUGCAAAAUAUCAUAAAUUUUAUACCAAUUUUGAAAGAAUAUAAAGAUUUUAUUUUGCUACUUAUAUGGUAAAAAUAAAUUCAAAACUAAAAGAUAAUAAACUUAAAAUAAAUUUAUUCAAAACCAUUCAAAAUUCUAACGGUUGGUAUUAGAUAUUCAACUAUAAAUACAAGACAGUCUUUCGCCUCUGGACACCAAAUCAUUUUCAGUCUUUUCUCAGAUCCCCAAAAAUGGUGAGAAAAAGUAAAGGUCGUCAAAAGAUAGAGAUGGUCAAAAUGAAAAAUGAAAAUAAUCUUCAGGUUACAUUCUCAAAAAGAAGAACUGGUCUUUUCAAAAAAGCUAGUGAGCUUUGCACGCUUUGUGGUGCUGAAAUUGUUGUUAUUGUAUUUUCGCCUGGCAAAAAAGUUUUUUCUUUUGGUCAUCCAAAUGUUGACUAUGUAAUUGAUCGCUUCGCAAACAUUAAUCCACCAAAUCCUCGUCAACACACCGACAUGCAACUUAGCGAAGCCCGUCGAAAUGCAAUUGUUCAAGAUCUCAACAAUCAUCUCACUCAAGUAACAGAAGAAUUCGAAAUUGAGAAAAAGAGGACUGAAGACUUAAAGCAAAAGAGGAAAAAUAGUAACAUGCGUGAGAAUUGGUGGGAAGAACCUAUAGAAGAGUUGAACUUAAGCCAACUCACUGAAUUCAAAUGUGGUUUGGAAAAGUUGAGAAAAACAGUGACUACUGAAGCCUGUAAGAAUUUUCAAGCAAUUGUUCCGCGUCAUAACUUCUAUGGUGGAAGUUCAAAUAAUUCUACUUUUGGGAUUUGUGAUGAUCAUACAGAUAAUAUCGACACCGAUUUAGAUCUGUAUAAUCAUCAAAGAAUGGUGGCAACGAACACAUUCGCUUGCAAUCAGCACAACAUGAUGGUUCCUUAUCAUAUUACAUCACCAUUUGGGAAUAUUGCUAAUAGUAAUAUUAUUGAAGGGUUCGCUCCAGAAUACAAUCAAAACCCAAACCAAUUAUGUUUUAAGCAAGAACAAAUGUCUGAGUGUGACCAACAUUCAGCUCAUCCUCCUCGUUUCGGACAUGGUUACUAUUAAUUUUUGUUUUUUUUUGCCAUAAACACAACGUUUUAUUUAUUGUUUUUGUUUUGUUGUUAUUUUAUACAUUUGGGAUGGUGUUAGUAUGGGAAUUAUUACUGCCAAUGUUUAUUUUUUUAACUUGUUGAACACAGUUUUAGUCUGUGGAUUUUUUAUAUUUCAAAAUUUUUCAAAUUUAUAAUACUUUUUUUCCAACUUCUGUUAUGAAAUAUAUGUCAUAUGUAUAUUCUUACACUUCUCUGAAAAUAUUUAUAUUUGCCAUAUGUUUACACAUAAGAUAAUAAUAUGUUUGAGAUGAGUUUGUUGAAAGCAAAAAAAAAAAUCAUCUAAAAUUAUGAAUACUGUUCUAGAAUGAUCAAUUAUAGAUUUAUAGGACCUUAGUGGAAAACUAAAAAUAUAACCUAAAUAUCUUUGUAUUAUUAAAAGAGAAGCAAAAUAAAUGAAUAACCUUAGUAUUUCAUUUACAUUUGUGUCAUUUUGUUGAUGUGUCAACAUGACAAUGAUUCUCAGCCUACAUUUACUUCUACCCUUUCAUAACUAGAUAAA